CACACAAAACAAUUUCAAGUCACCAAUAUUUUCCAAAACCCUCUAGUUUCCUAAUCCAUUUUCAUUUCUAUCAUGUUGGCAGUUUCCUCUCCUUUGUUUUCCCCUCAUCAAUGGCAAUUGGAAGAUCCCAUCUCUCUCCAUCACCAACACAACUCUCUCUUCUCUCCCUUUGAACCUUCAGAUCAUUCAUUUUACCUCCAAUUCCCUCCACCCCCGUUGGACCCUUCGCACGACCACUAUCCUUCCUCUGCUGCGCCCUCCCCAGAAGCUGUCUCCAACGUCUCGAAGAUGGCCAAGAAACUUAGCCAUAAUGCUAGUGAGCGCGAUCGUCGAAAGAAGAUCAACUCUCUUUACUCGUCUUUACGAGCCCUCCUUCCCUCCUCAGAUCAAAUGAAGAAACUGAGUAAUCCGGCGACGAUCUCGAGGAUAUUAAGCUACAUACCAGAGCUACAACAACAAGUGGAAGGGCAGAUGAGGAAGAAAGAAGAGCUCAUGGCAGCCAUGGUUGGACAGGAAGUUAAGAAUGAUGAAGAAAAGAAAAUGAAAUCCGCAGCUUCGAGCUCCUCAUCGAUAAUUUCUGCAAGUCGACUUAGUCGACAUGAAAUGGCGAUUCAGAUAUCCACUGAUACCAACGGCUGCCAGCGGAAUUAUUUGUCGGAAAUAUUAUGUUGCUUGGAAGAAGAAGGUCUCCUUCUGUUGAAUGCUUCUUCUUUUGAGUCUUUUGAUGGGAAGGUUUUCCAUAAUUUGCAUCUUCAGAUGGGAAGCAAUUGCAAAAUGGAGCCUAAAGUGCUGAGUAAUAUGCUCUUGGAGAUGUUCCCAUGACAUAGGAAGACAGAGUGGAUUAAUAUGCACCACAAGAUUAAUUAAUAAUAGUGUAAUCAUAUUAAAAAGAACUAAUGGAUGAAAAGACAAAUUGAAAUAUUAGCAAAGGUGGCAUGUUUUGAUAGGAACUCAAUUUAUUAACCAUAUAUAUCAAUGUGUAUUUUACUAA